AUGCUUUCAUUUACCAACGUAACUCGACCUUUUUCUGGAUUUAAUCUUUCAAAAUUUCAGAGGCUUCGUCUUCCUUCAAACCUCUCAUCUUUCACUCGGGGUUUUGCUUCUCGCCAGGGCUUUCGUCCUUCAUCGGAGGAUACACCUUUCUCCAGGAAUUUCGCCUUUCGUCGAGGUUUCUCUACUCCACCUGAGAGUUUUGUCUUUUGCUCUUCGCCGGGUUUAUGUUUCAUUUUUCGUCGUUCACACAAAAUGGUUUCGUCUAACGGCAAUAGUUUAAUGUACUCACAUAAAAGCCUUAAUAUGUCAACGUUGGUGAAAGAGGAUAAACAACAAGAACACUUAA